GGUUAGUAGUCGUGUUACAGCUUGCCGGGCUCAGUCGGAAACCAGCUGCCGAGUAAUGAGCAGUGCGGGAAGGUGAUAGCGAGAGUGGCCAGAUGUGUUAGCCGAAGGAUUUUAAAUGCGCAUCCGAGCCCUAUUACCGCUUAAUGCGAGAGGCUUUGCGAUAGCGACCAAUACAAAUUUUAACAUCGCGGGUUUUUUUUGGUUCGUACCCACUAAUUCCCGGUUAUAAUACUUUUGUUAUUUUUUAAAUUUCAAAUACCUUCGAGAGGGAAAAUUAAAAGACAAACCGCGGAGAAGAGCCUCAUCGCUUUUCGACGCUUUGUCCGGUUGGCAGUUUGAAAGGGUUGAAAAGAAAUAAAAAUAAACAGUGAAGAGGAAGGAGACAAAGAAGAGAAAGAGUUAAGGAGAAGAAGAAGAAGAGGAAGAUUUUUACAGAAGAGUUGACAGAAAUAAUAAUUAUAUUUAAAUAAUUAAGAGGAGUGCAGUGUCAAAGUCUGUGAUAGUAUUUAUUGAAAAAGAUUUAAAAAUAUUUAAACUCGACUCAUAAUAACAACAUCCAUCAUCAUUGUAUUUGAGUCGGCUCCGCUCAAAGUACAUCAGUUGACCGGAGAAAUAAUAGAUAGGCUUUAUAUAUUUAUUUAUAUCUGUGAUACACUGAUAUACAUCGGUCCGAAACCCGGGAGUUGCUGAUUGUCUUCGAUUUCGACCAAGUAUUUAAAUAAUACCAUCAACUAAGGGUCAAGCUACCUUGAUAAAUUCUUAUCUAAAACGCGAAAGCUGUUUUAAAUAUAGAAGGUACGUUGACGUUAUCAAUAUAUAAAUUUUUUCUGAAGAAUAGACCGUAGAGUUCGUCGUCAUCAUCAUCAUCAUCGAAUAAAGCAUCUCUACUUUUCGAUUUUCUUGUAGAAAAAAAUAAUAAAUAACGAUACGUUGCUCGAAUUAUUGUCGGGACAGUCGAUUGUUGAUAUAUCAGUGAUUAAAAAUAUAAAAUAUAUAGUGUGUAGGUGUUUUUGUAUAUACGACUGACUCUUUUUUACAAUUAUUGAUAUUGGUGCGUGAUAAUAUUGAGAAUAACGACAGGACAGCCAAAUAAAUUUUAAAAUUUAUAUAUAAAUAUAAAAUUAAAAUAAACAUUAGUUUGCAUUGUUUCGUAUUUUUCGAAAAUUGUCGUUACACGUUUGAGAGUUGUAUAUCAACCUGACAAAUAGAUAUAUUGUUUGUAAUAUAUAUAAUAUUAUUAUCAUUAAAAUGGUGGAGAAAAUAUUGGAAGAGCGGGAGGAUGGGCGUCCAGAAGCCGGAAGAGUUGACGGAAAUUGCAGGGAUGUGGCUUCAACAGGAGAACCACUAAGUUCAGUCCAUGCAAGACAAGAAGAAGCUAGACGCAGACGACGUAGGAAGAAUCGUUCGGGCUCGUCUUUAGUCUCGUCAUGCUUCCAAGAACUGUACAAGCUGACCGGUGAAGUGCUGGGUGAGGGAGCGUACGCUUCAGUGCAGACUUGCACAUCACUGUACACAGAUCUAGAGUAUGCAGUUAAAAUCAUCGACAAGAUCCCCGGGCAUGCUCGUACCAGAGUCUUCAAGGAGGUCGAGACUUUCCAUCAUUGCCAGGGUCAUCCAAACAUAAUCCAGCUGAUCGAGUUCUUUGAGGACGACGAGCGUUUCUAUCUUGUCUUUGAGAAGAUUAACGGAGGGCAAUUGCUAAGAAGAAUUCAAGAACGCGUCCACUUCAGCGAGAGAGAGGCCAGUCAAAUUGUCAAGGAGAUCGCUGGAGCACUAAAUUUCCUCCAUAAAAAAGGUAUCGCACAUAGAGACUUGAAGCCAGAAAACAUUCUCUGCGUCCAUCCAGACAAAUUAACACCGAUAAAAGUCUGCGACUUUGAUCUUGGAUCUGGUAUUAAAUUUAACAAUUCACAAAGUCCACUGGCAACACCACAACUACUAACACCAGUUGGCAGCGCUGAGUUUAUGGCACCAGAAGUUGUCGAAGCCUUUAUUGGCGAGUCAAAUUAUUAUGACAAACGUUGUGAUUUGUGGAGUCUUGGUGUUAUAAUGUACAUUUUAUUGUGCGGAUACCCACCGUUUUAUGGUAACUGCGGUACUGAAUGCGGAUGGGAGAGAGGAGAAAAUUGUCAGGCGUGUCAAGAGUUAUUGUUCACCAGCAUCCAGCAAGGAGAUUACGAUUUUCCAGCCAGAGAAUGGAAAGAUAUUUCUGAGGAUGCCAAGGACCUUAUCCGCGGUCUGCUUGUUAAAGAUGCACACCAGAGAUUGAGUGCUGAGUGUGUUCUCAAUCACCCAUGGAUAAAUCCUGGUCCCACUAUUACUGUUGCUGGCAACAGGCCACUUAUUACUCCUGAAAUAAUAAGAAGGAACAAUUCCGCCCGUGAACUUUCAGCAUUCGCCGAGUCAGCGAUGGCAGUUAAUCGUGUAGUGUAUCAACACUUUUCAGUGAAUCAUCUUGAAGAUCUUGCUGAAAAUUGUGAGCCGAGACUUUCAACAUCUUCAACGGAUGAUGAAAAUCAUCCUUACGGUCAUAUGUCAGACACCAGCAGCGAAGGUUCGGAACCCAGCAAGCACUGUGUUGCCCACUCUUCCAGUGAGUUUGAUUCUAAUUCACGUCGCAAGUCAUGCUCCAUGUAUUCAAUUCUCGAACACAGUGACUCCAAGUUCAUCGGUGAUAACCGUAUCAACGGCAAAGACUCGCUGACUCAUCUAUACGGUCUAUCACCUCCGAGUGAGAGUAAACUGAUGCAGCGCCGCAUAAAAGCACGUUCAAAUCUUCUCGAACGCCGUAAUCCAGCGAUCGUCGCAUCACCAAGUGGCUGAAAAAGUAUCAUGCUCUAUACUCAGCGUACAAAAAUCUCCUUUCUCGCCGUAAACUAUUAUUAUAAAUUGCUAUUACAAUCUGUUGAUUAUAGUAAUACCGUUGACAGUACAUUUAAAACAAAUAAAUAAUUAAAAUUUUAAAUAAAUGCCAUAUUUUGUCUGUCGAUGUCAGAUCAGUCAAGAGAUUAACCAACAGUUUAAUGUUUAGUAAUUGCGUAUGCAUUAUUAGUAUUGGCAACAACAACGAAAUAAAUAAACACUAAUUAUUUCGCCCUGAGUCAUUUAUUGUAAUUAUUAACAGCAAUCUUUUUAAUUUUUGUAAGCACGAAAACACUUUCCAUUUUUUAAAAUUUUUUUCUCAACUCAUUAUUUUGAGCAUAUUGUUCAUCGAGCGCGAUAAUUAACAUGUAAUUUUAUGUAGGAAUUAUUUCACUGCUGUAAAAAAAAUAAUUGGACAAUUACCCCCACCCACACCGCGUUCUUAGCGAGUGCAAGACAACAAUAACAGAUGGUAUAUAUGUAGUUAUUGUUAUUUUUUGUUUUUAUUUUGACGAUUUAUUUUUUGAUCAACACAUGUGCCAUCUCAUGGCCACAUAUUUAAAUUUAUGUAUUUAUUAUUGUGUGUAAAUUAUUAAUUUUUUGUUUUUAUUACGACUCGCGCUUAUUUUCUAAGUGACAGAAAUUUAAAAAAAUUCAAAUAAUGGAGAGUUUAAUUGUGUCGCUAUAAAAAUAGAAAUAAGUGUCAAUGCUUUUUUUUUUAUUUUUAUGAUAAAUAGACUAAGGGCAAUUUUUCAUAUUGGUUUUUUUAAAAAAUUAAUUAAAAAUGUCUCAAGUAUCGCGUAGGAUUGUAGUCUAUAAGAUUUAUCUCAAUAAGUGAAGAAGAAAAAUAAAAGAAAAGAAAAAAAAAAUUUGUUAAAGUAGUACCUGUAAUGUGUGCGAAUAAGGCGGCAGGGACAUUUUAAAAUUAACUGAAAAGUAUACGCGCGAGGAGGAGAGGAGAUGUGAAAAGUGAAAAUAAAAGUUUAUAAUUAGAGUAUAAGCGAAAAAAAAAUUAUAAAACAAAAAAAAACGAUCACAUUGAUCGAAUAAUUAGCUUUAUGUAUAAAAGUAUAAAUUUAAUAAUUAUCAUAUAUUUUAUCAUCGAUCCCACCGCCUACUGAUUGGCAGUAAAACGAAAAAAAUAAUUCAGUUGAUAAUAAUAAAAGAUAAAAAAGUAAACAUAAGAAAUUUAUUAUUUAAUUACAGCUACGUUCCACGCAUAUUUUCAUAUUUUUUCAGUAUUUAUAUUUCUUAUUUUUUCAAAGUCCAUUAGUGUAAAUUAUUGGAUUUAUGAAAAUUGCUAACGUGGAAUUGUAUGUUUUUUUUUUUUUUUUUUCGUUAAAUUUAAUAAAAAUAACUUUAAAAGAUCGCUUUAUAAAAUUUUACUUUGAGUAAAAUAUUAAUGCGACAGAUCUCGCAAUUAUUAUUAUUAUUAUUUUUUUUUUUUUUUUUUUUGUUUCCUCAACAUUUAUAUUUUUUGUUUUAAUUACGAUAUAAUACAAUAUCUAUCUCAAGUGUUUUCCUUUAAACGUAGAGGUGGAAAUAAAUUUUUUUUACUCAGGGCAGACGAGGGAACGUUUAAAAAUAGUGUCUACAGCUGGCCACAUUGAUCGUGUGAACGAAAAUAAAGAAAAAAAAAUGGUCGAUGCUACAAAAAAAACAUAUUAUCAUUACUAUUAUUAUUAUUAUUAUUACUAUUAUUCAUAAAACAAUUAUUUGAAAAUUUCAUACACUACAUAAUUACACUGUUACAGAAAUACAUUCAUACAACUAUACAUUACAUAUUAUUAACUGACAACGAGAGAGAGAGAGAGAAAACAAAAUAAAGCGUACAUGAGAAUAAAAGACCCGCGCAUUAAACAUCAGUCUGAUCAAGUCUCAUAGCAUAAAUAUGUAUGUCUCAAAGUGCCCAGCUCUUCCGCCGAACACGAUAUGAGACUUCAAAAUCACUGUCGUCGUGUAAUAUAAUCUUAGAUGCGUAGGAGUUUUUUUUUAUUAGAUUCGCUGACAGUAACUGGAACGGAUUGUAUAAAAAUGCAUUUUUUUUUAAUUAAAAAAAAAGUUAACUUGCAUUAAUUGUCAUCAUGACACGAUCUGUUUCAGUUGCUCUGUUUAGUGAUGAAAAAAAAAACUGUACAUAUGAUUCUAUUGUGUAGAGUGAGAAGAAUGAAAUGUAAACAUAAAUAUGACUCGAGGUAUGAGGAUUAAAAUAUCAGAGUAGACUCAGCGAUCAGUGGAUUCUGUUGAUUUACAAAUGCCACUGAUUGUUUGUAAAUGAUGACAUAUUAGUUUUAAUAUUUUGUAAAUUGCAAAACAAUUAAUAUUAAUAACAAUCGUCGAUACAAAUUGUCAAUCGAGUCUGACUCAUUUAGCUCGUAGUUUAUUUAUAUAAAUUUUUGAAUAAUAAAAAAAAAAAAGAAAUUUCAAAUUUUUUUCCACGCGUGAGUUGUCAGUACAAACAUACGGGCAAAAUUUAUAACCAACUCCGUGAUUGUAAUUAAUUACUCACGGAGACAAAGCUUCCUCUAUAAGUGAAAAAAAAAAAAAAAUAAAAAUAAAAAACAAAAAAAAAUAAUAAUAAUAAAAAAUAAAUAAAAAAAAAUUGUAGGUUUAAUCAGCGUGUAAUGAUGUGUGUGUCAGUAUGUGGAUGAAUGUCAUGCUAAUAUUUUAUGAAAAAUAAAAAAAGUGAUGCAUAAAAUCGUACUAAAUGGCCAUAAAAAAUGUGAAUGAAAAUUUAUGAUUAAAAAUAUAUGAAAUGUAUGUGAGAUACUUUAUUGUAUAGCGAGCUUGGUUUUUUCCGAAGGUACCAGCGAUAUAUUGACGUCAAAACUAUUUGCUACUUUAGUUUUUUUCAUUUAUAAACAAUUGACCUAUACAACAAACAAACAAACAAAAAAUAAAAUAAUUAUUUUCAUAAAUUAUUUUUGUUAAAUUUAUUGUUUUUAUGUCUUGUGUUUAGUCGUGAUUGGGGUUUGUACGCGCAAACUAACGAGCUAUACAUGAAAAAAAAUAUCAGUUAUUAAUAAGGAAAGAUUGGCAGUUUUUUUUUCUUUUUUUUAAAUCUGAUAUUCAUGAAUUUGUAAGAACAGAGUGAGAUGCAGUGAAUUUGAUAAAAAAGUGAUAACCAAAUACUUGAUGAUUAUGAUUAUAAAUUUAAAAAAAAUAUAAAAAUAUAUAUAUACUAAAAUAUGUUUGUUUCGCCAUGAUAAUGUACACAUCGAGUAUAAAAUGCGCGAUAGGCGAGAUAUAAAUUUUCGUUACUUUUUUAAUGAAUUAAAAUAAACAAAGAGAAAAUAAAUUCUAAUAUGAGGACGAGAGGAGAAAAAUAUAAAUAAGUAAUUUUACAAGUUAAAAUUAUUUAAAAAAUUAAAAAUAAAGACAACUUUUGUUUUA